UUCUCUGUCCAUAGGAAUGACGUCGGUGGAAGGAUAAUCAGCUGAUUGAUUGUGAGCGAUCAAAUUAAUCAUAAUAACACGGUUUUAUCAGUCAAAAGACGGUUAACAUCUACCGACAAUUGAGGAUAUUCUGGUCUGACAUUGUUGACAUGCUUUGUUUGGGUUUUAAGGUGUUGUGGACUGUUAGCUGGACAAAACGAACCAUUUGAAGACAUCACUUUGAGCUCUGGAAAACUAUACCAUAAUCAUGGACAAGAUUUUGGAGGGCCUUGUGAGCUCCGAUCACUCUGUUCCAGUGAAGAGGGCCAUUGUGAAGAAAGUAGUGGAAGCAGCAGAGAAAGCAGUGACAGAGGAGCAGUGUCAGGCAUUGUUUACUCUCACUACCCGCCUCAUCUUGCUUGGUGAAGAUGCCUUUCAGAGGCAGAUCGGCUUCCAGGUUUUGGAAGCCUACGCACGUUACCACCGCCCAGAGUUUGAGCAUUUCUUCAGUAAAGACUUUGUCCUCAGUCUUCUCCAGCAGGGCUAUGGCCAGCUGGACCGCAAAGACCCAGCCAUAAUAGACUACAUUCACUGCUGCCUGCGGCUGCUCAUCAGCUGUCCCUCGGUGCUCGAGAUCUUCAGCGUGAUUCAGGUGGAGGUUUUAAGGAUGGUGUGUGAACGUCCGGAGCCUGCUCUUUGUGCCCACCUGAGCACUUUGCUGUCAGACUUUGUGCAGUGCAUCCCGAGGGAUAAGUCGGGCGUUUUGUUCUGCCAGCAGCUGGUGAGGACCAUCAGUUACUUCCACUGCUUUGUCAGCCAAGAACGGGAGCUGAGAGAGUAUGUAGGUCAGGUGACUAAGGUUAGCACACUGCUGCAAAACAUCUGGAAGGCUGAUCCAGCCACACUGCUUCCGUCACUGCAAGAAGUGUUUGCCAUUAUCUCUUCCACAGACCCCUCCUUUGACCCAUCCAUUUCUCUGGCCAGUCUGGUUCAGCACAUCCCUGUCCAGAUGAUCACCGUGCUUAUCAAGAGUCUCACCACAGACCACAAUGUCAAAGAUGCAAGCAUGACUAAAGCACUCUGCAGGAUGAUUGACUGGCUUUCUUGGCCUCUGGCCCAACAUGUUGAUACCUGGGUCAUUGCUCUGCUGAAAGGACUGGCUGCAGUCCAGAAGUUCACUAUCCUCAUAGACGUCACUCUGCUUAAGAUUGAACUGGUAUUCAGUCGUCUGUGGUACCCCAUUGUGCGGCAUGGGGCGCUAGCUGUGCUCUCCCACAUGCUGCUGAGUUUCCAGCACUCUCCUGAGGCCUUCCAUUUGGUUGUUCCACAUGUGGUGCAUCUCGUCCAGUCUUUGAGGACAGAUGGUCUCCCCACCAGCAAAGCAUUCUUGCUGCAGUUCACUGAGCUUAUACACUGCAUGAUGUACCAGUACUCCGGCUUCCCUGACCUCUAUGACCACAUACUAGAGGCCAUCAAGGAUCUCCCAAAACCUGAAGAAGACAAGAUCAAGCUGGUGUUGAAUCAAAGUGCCUGGACGUCCCAGUCCAACUCAUUUGCCUCCGGUCCUCUGAGGCAAGUUGGGAAGUCUGAGACCGGUAAGACUGGCCUGGUCAACCUUGGGAACACCUGCUUCAUGAACAGCAUCAUCCAGACCCUCUUCAUGGCCACAGAUUUCAGGCGGCAUGUUUUAUCAUUACAUAUAAAUGGUUCCAACACACUAAUGAAAAAGCUCCAGCUGCUCUUUGCUUUCCUUGCACACACUCAGAGGGCAGCAUAUGCUCCAAAAAACUUCUUGGAAGCGUCUCGGCCUCCCUGGUUCAAUGCCGGCUCUCAGCAGGACUGUUCGGAGUACCUCAGAUUUCUUCUAGACAGGUUACAUGAAGAGGAGAAAACACUUCAAGUCCUGGAAUCAGUUAAGCCAAAGCCCCCCCCCACUGUUGACUCAAGCAGCAAAGACCCAACAGGUCAAACUUCUCCGGAGGAUGGUGAAGAGUCAUAUUUGACUCCAGCAGAGAACAGACCCGAGAAUGACGGGAGGACUUUGACAGAGAGGAUGUUUGGUGGGAAGCUGAUCACAGGUAUUCGCUGUAUGCAGUGCAACUGCAUCUCUGAGAAAGAGGAGCCUUUUACAGACCUCUCUUUGGCCUUCUGUCCUUCUGCCACCUCUCAGGGCACCCCUCAACCUGAAGGGCCCUCAGAGGAACCCAAGGUUCUCUGUCAGGGAUCAGUCAAUGGCGGCAGUGAAAUUCCCGAGCCAGGCUUGGCCAAAGCCCCAGCUAGCAAUGUCCAUUUUGUGCCAGUGACAAAUGAGCCUCCUCUCUCUGUGCCUGACCUGGUGAACUAUUUCCUGGCUCCAGAGAUCCUGGACGAAGAGAAUGCCUAUUUCUGUGAGAAGUGUAUCUCCCUCCAGCGGGCAGAGCGGACCAUGAAAGUGGUGUCGGCACCGGAAUACUUGAUCCUCACCCUGCUGCGGUUCUCAUAUGAUGCCAAAUGCCAUGUCCGGAGAAAGAUUCUGGACAAUGUCACCAUCCCGCCACUCAUGAGACUUCCAGUACAUGCCCCUUCAAUGCCUAAACAAUGUUCCUCUUCUACCUCUUCUCCUCUGCAAGUGGAUUCUCCUGAGAGCAGUGAGAAUCUGGCCAAGAAGCUCAAACCAUCUCAAAAAGAUGAGGAGGAGAGGAUAGAUGGAGCAGAGCAGAUAAAUGGAAGAGGAGAGAUGGCAGUCCACUCAGUGCCGUAUGUCCUCAGCUCAGUGGUCAUGCAUUCUGGUAUGUCGUCCGAGAGUGGCCACUACUAUUCUUACGGGCGUAACAUUAAUGGCGCAGAUGGAACACAGCAUCCAGCCAACCACUUUGCCCUCAAGGAGGAUUUGGGGAAUGGCCAGACCGAGUGUAGCCUCUCCACUUGCUCAGCUCUCUCAAUUCCACCUGAACGAGGAGACGCACAACCUAAUAGUGGCCAGGAGGCAAGGGAUUGGCUGCUGUUCAAUGAUAGCCGAGUGACAUUCACAUGCUUCCAAUCAGUGCAAAACAUUACAAAUCGCUUCCCCAAGGACACAGCUUAUGUGCUGAUGUACAGGAAACAGGAGCUACCAGGGCAGAACAUAAAUGGGGGACUGAUGGCAAAUGGAAUGCGAUUGAGUACUGAGCCUCCCCUGCAGAAAGAACUACUGGAUGCUAUUAUCAAGGACAACAAGCUGUAUUUACAGGAACAGGAGCUCAACGCUCGGACCCAGGCUCUCCAGGCUCCUUCAUCCUCCUGCUCAUUCAGGCCCAAUGGUUCGGAUGACAAUAACCCACCAGGGAGCUGCGGCCCAUCUGGUGGAGGUGGAGGGGGAGGGGGCUUCAAUACCAUUAGUAGACUGGUCUUCUGAAAGAAUUAAUGCUCCAGGAAAUCCAGAUGAACUGGCACUAAAGAGCAUCCUGAACUGAUCAUAACAUAGAUGUGCUUAUAACCUUAUGAAAAGAGCACUGAAAUGAUUUUAAAAAAAAAAAAAAAAAAAACACACACACACAGCAUCUGUGUGGAUUCUGAUCCUAGAUUUGAUUUUGUUCUGACUAAAAUAGUUUUUAUACUGCUGUUUCAGUCAUUUGAUAGUAUUUGAUUUGUUUAGAUUCUUUUUUGUGCUCUCAACAUUGUAAUCUACCAUUAAUCCUCCAAAUUCCCUAACUUGACGUGGAUAAUACUUAUUGGUGCAAAUGUAUUCUCUCUCUCUUAAAUGACAUAGUAAAAUAAUGAUCCACUUUUGCAUAUGUUGAUAAAUAUGUGAAACUGGUUGAGUCUAGAAAGUGCUCAUAUUAUCUGGCUUCUCCGAGUGUUUAUAAUAUUACCUCACACACAAACAUGCACAUACAUGCAUGUGCAGUGCACAGUACAGAAAAAAAGCAUUUAACUGUAAGAUAAAUACUUUUUUUGAUUUGUCACAGUUCUGAACAUACAGCUCACAACCUUUUGUUUACUUUUCUGAUUUGCAUGCAGCUUUUCUUCAUGAGCUGUGGAGUUUGAUUUUCAUGAUAUUUGACUCUUGUUCAAUGUGUGGUUUGCUGUGUUUUACAGGUUUCAUAUCCCAUGCAAUAAAUGUACAUAUGACUUAAAAUAUUCAGAAUAAUCAUGGAAUACAAAACUAUAUGUGGAAAAUUGAAUACUUGGGUAAUCUCCGAGAUAAAGGCAUUUUCAAUAUGAAUAUUUAAUGCUGUCCUCCCACGAUUUGGUAGUGUCAUCUACAGAGAACUAUAUUACAAUUGUUUAAACAUACUGACAUCUGUUUGACAGCAUAUUUUAAUGUAUUCCUCUGAUUUGAUCAUUCAGGGAGAUUUGUGUUCAUGCUGAUUUAAUGUGCCUUUUGAUAUUUAUUGCAGAUUUUUAAAGAGGAAUUUGUCAGGAUGCACACCUCAGCUGUACUGUGUUUAUAUUCAUAAUGGCUUUGUUUGUCCCUGCAGUAAAAACAACCCAGUAUUU